ACUAAUAUUUACACUGUUUUGAACAAUGAGACUUAUGGAAUAACGAUGGGGACCAAAAUCUCCAACCUUACCGACAAUAUUGAGAUGUUCAUUAAACUGAAAAAUAUGGUUGGUAAGGCAUCCUGCGUUUCUUGGGAUGGCAAAGGAGAACUUAAUUGGACGACGUCCGGCUGUGAGACAGAAAUUGACAACACCACCAUAAAGUGCUCCUGCUCACAUCUGACAUUCUUUGCAGUGCUGAUGUCUCCGCCAGAUGAAAACAACACAAUGCCGGAUCUGGAACCACUGACUUUUAUCACGUCUAUCGGCUGCGGCAUCUCCAUGUUUUUUAUGGCUGUCGCUUUAUUCAUGCAUUUCCUGCUACGGAAAGCCAAAUCAAAUCAGGCCACGAAGAUCUUGAUGAACAUGUUUGUGGCUUUGUGUCUACUGAAUACCUCGUUUUUGUCAAACGAGAGCGUCGCUAACACAGAAGACAACGCUGCGUGCGUCUUCAUAGCACUGGUGCUGCAUUACUCCAUGCUGGCCUCAUUCACCUGGUUCUUCAUUCAAGCUCUUCAUAUGUACUUAUGGCUCAUCAGACAGAACGUCACCAUCACAAACUACAUGAGGAAGAUCACUGUGUUGGGCUGGGCGUUUCCCGCUCCAAUAGUCAUAGCUAUUGCUUCUGUAGGAGAAUAUAAAACACUGAUCCUAAAAACAACGUCUGGAAAAAUUUCGCUAAUGUGCUGGAUUACAAAUCCCUUCAUUCACUACGCAGUGAACAUCGGCUACUACGCUUUAGUUUUCAUCUUCACGACAGGAAUCUUCAUCACUAUCUUAACUAGGAUUGUCCAGGCCAGACGCCUAAGAGCAAUUGACAGCAAGAGAAAGACGUUCAGAAAGCAGCUGAUGAUGGUGUUGAGUUUGUUCCUGCUCUUCGGUCUGACGUGGUCUGUGGCUUUCUUCAGUUAUGGACCGAUGCGCAUUCCCUCAUAUUACAUAUUCACUGUGCUGAACUCAUUACAGGGGUUUUUCCUCUUCCUGUAUUACUACCACAUUCACAAGGACCUUGCUGGUCAUUUCUCUGAUGAUCCAAGAAGCUCCGGCUCCACCACAACAAUGGUUCCACCCAACAUGAAUGGUCUGGAAAAUGUUUAUAAGUAGCCUAAUUAAGACAGAA